CUCAAAACAUAAGGGGCCAUUUUUGGAAUUGGACCUUGAUCUUUUCUAAAAUACGAAGCCUCAAAGUUGAGCUGCAGCGGUCAAGAACAUCAGGAGGCAACGAUCGAGCUACCUCUCCAUGGCUUUCCUCUUCCACAAAUUUCAAGAGUUAAUUGUAUAAAGUUGAAUUCUUUUUGCUGCGGGACACAAUUUUCAGGCGGUGAAAAUUCUUGCUAAAAGCCCCACAUUCGCCAGAGCUAGAGAGGCAAACCAUCUUCAGUUUGAAGCUGACAUAAAUCUCCUUUUCCUUUAUACUAGUUACAACCGUUUAGGAAGGAAUGCUGAUGAAGCUGAUGCGGAGGAGAUUAUUAAUAUGGCUAACAAGGCCUCCUUAGCUGAUCAACAGAAGCAGGUCCAAGAGAAUGUGCAUUCUCAGGUCACAAGCUUUUGCGGACAUAUGGAUGACAUAUUACUCCCUGAUCAUAAGUUCAAAGACAAUCAGGCCACAUUACCUAUAACAACAAGUUCUUCUCCUGAUAGCAGUGGUCUCGGGGUUGCUGUUGGGCGGAAUUCUCCACUACAAGUUGACACUGCUGUACCUGAAACCAAGGCAUUGCAGUGCACAGAGGUUUCACAGAGGUUAAAGGAUCUUAUGGGCUACACUCUCGAGGUCAAACCGUCUCAAAUUCCUCAUGAGGAUGCCGGGAAAGGUUUAUUCUUACAUGGUGAAGCCAAUAUUGGUUCUGUAGUAGCAUUCUAUCCUGGAGUAGUUUACUCUCCUGCUUAUUACCGCUAUAUUCCUGGAUACCCUAGAAUUGAUGCCCAAAAUUCACAUUUGAUCAUACGGUAUGAUGGGACUGUGAUCAAUGCACAGCCUUGGGGUGUUGGUGGUGAAUCUCGUGAAAUAUGGGAUUGGACUAGUCUUGCCAAACCUAAGCACACUAUGCAACCUGAUGCAAAAGGUUCUGACAGAGUUGGGUGGAUGCUCAGCAAGCCGUUAGAUGAAACACACGUUGGAGGUAACCGUGAAGUGUUGGAAAGGAGAAACCCUCUUGCCUUCGCUCAUUUCGCCAACCAUCCAGCCAAAGGAAUGGUCCCUAAUGUAAUGGUAUGCCCUUAUGAUUUUCCUCUCCUCGAGAAGGACCUGAAACCCUAUAUACCUAAUGUUUCAUUUGGGAAUGGUGAAGAAACAGAGAUGAGGAGAUUAGGCAGCUUCAGGUUCAAACCGUGGAAGUCCAGCAAUAUUGAAUCAGAGGUUCCUGUUCUGAAGACACUUGUUUUUGUUGCAACUAGAGCAAUUUGUGAUGAAGAGGUUCUGCUGAACUACAGACUGAGCAAUUCGGAGCACAUACCGUCGUGGUACAUUCCAGUAGUAGAAGAAGAGGAUUAAAGGAGAGGUGGAACUUAGAUCAUUAUGGUGGAUGCAUAUUGAGUUUUCAAACAUAGAUAAACAAGCAGGUUGGAUUUACCAUUGCUCAGGCCAAGACAGAAUGAAGGCAUUAAUUUUGGUGAGAGUAUCUAAAUCCCGUUUCAGUUUUCAUGCUUUUGAAAGCUUUAACUAGUACUAACAUUUAUAGCUGACAAAGGAAUUUUGUCAAGAAAUUGUCUUGCUGAUUCCAGAUAGAGUUGAACUUUGCCAGAUCACGACGAAUGGUUAUAUUUUCCCUUAGUUACAGAAUAAGGCAGGAAAAAAAAUGUGUCCUAGUUGAAAUUAUGCACUUGUGACUGUUGUGAUAGUCAAUAGCAUGCUCUUUUUGUGCUUCAUUAUCCAAUUAAGAGCCAGGACUUAUACUUUGAGACAGUCUGCUGUGAACUUUCGUUGAAGGACGACGUUUUAUGUUCGUUUAUUUGAAAGACAAAUGGUAGAUUGGAGAAUUUCUACUGCACGAAAAUACUACGUAGUGUUACUUUAAAUUGGUCAGAACUAAUUUUGAAUCAUGAUACACUUGCAAAAUACUGGAGUCUUGUCCUAAAUUUUGUACUUCGUAAAACAGAAAUGAAGUCAACCUUUCUAUUUA